AAUAUUGAUUUAUUUGGUGCUAUCCCAAUAGUAGUCGUAUUGCAAUUUGUUGCUGCUCUUAUUAAUGAUGAUAACAGUGUUGUUCAUGAUGACGAUGACGAUGACGAUCAUGAUGAUCGUGAUCAUGAUAAUGAUGAUGAUGAUGAUAUGUUGAUGCUUCAUUGUUAG